AUGGUUGUCCCUGAGUCACACAAUGACAAACUGUCCCCAAAUGGCUCUGUGGGCAGAGGCACCAUCCCACAGUACGGAUCCUACCCAUCUGCAUCUCAAAACUCUGGAAGUCCACAACGUUUUAUCUCUAAUGGGAGUAUUUCAACAAUCAGCCCAAGUAUCCAUCAUGAUCCAGAGUACACUGAGACGGACUUUCUGCUCCCGAGUAAACUCUACGGUAGAUCAACGCUCAGUAGAUCCACGAGUGCAAAGGAUGCGGGUGGCCCCGUUCCACCUGCUGAGUCCCUCCGCUCCAUGCUGCUUCAGAUCCUGGUGCCUUUUCUGCUGGCCGGGCUUGGGACUAUCUGUGCUGGGAUGCUGCUUGAAGUGGUGCAGAGCUGGGACGUGUUCCAGGAAAUCACAGAACUUUUUAUCCUGGUCCCUGCAGUGUUAGGCAUGAAGGGUAACCUGGAAAUGACUUUAGCCUCGAGACUCUCCACUGCUGUGAAUGCAGGAAAAAUGGAGUCCACCAGAGAAAAGUGGAUGUUGAUCAUGGGGAACUUGGCGCUGAAGCAGCUUCAGGCCACAGUGCUCGGGCUGUUAGCCUCUUUGAUGGCGACUGUGUUGGGCUGGAUGGCAGAAGGACAGAUGCCUCUACAUCACAUAAUGCUCCUGUGUUCUGCCAGUGUUUCUACCACCUUCUUUGCUUCAUUGCUGCAAGGUAUUAUUAUGGUGGGAGUGAUCCUUGGCUCCAUGCGGAUGGGAAUCAACCCUGAUAACGUGGCCACACCGAUGGCUGCCAGUUUUGGAGAUCUCAUCACUCUUGCCUUGCUGGCCUGCUUCAGUCAGUGGUUCUUCUCCCUCAUAGAGCUGUAUCCCUACGUGUUGUACCUGGUGGAUAUGUUAUUUUUAUGCCUGAUUCCUCUUUGGGUGGUCCUCUCCUCCAAACAUCCAGCCAGUCAGCUCCUGCUCCGCACGGGCUGGGAACCAAUCAUAACAGCUAUGGUCAUCAGCAGUAUUGGAGGACUUAUUCUGGACAAGGCUGUAUCCGAUCCAAACCUGGCAGGAAUCAUAGUUUAUGCACCAGUCAUAAAUGGUAUUGGAGGGAACCUCGUCUCCAUUCAGGCCAGUCGCAUUUCCACUAAUCUGCAUUUGAAUUACUCACAUAAAGAGGUACCUGAGGACCGUAAAGGCUGUUUUAGCCCUUGCCGCACUUUCUUUGGUUCAGGAGCAAACCAUCGAUGUGCUCAGGUUCUUCUUCUUCUGGUGAUCCCCGGUCAGAUCGUAUUCUUACACGCUAUCCACCUUUUAAAAGGAGGCCACACUUUGCCCAGUGCUCUCUUCACUGUUGCCUUCUUGUCUGCUUCCCUGAUUCAGGUCUUCUGCCUGCUUUGCAUAGCAGACUGUAUGGUCCACUUCCUGUGGCGUCAGGGUAAAGACCCCGACAGUUACUCAAUACCCUACCUCACAGCCCUUGGAGACCUACUAGGCACAGUUCUCCUCUCUCUAGCCUUUGUCCUGCUGUGGUACGUUGGUGACUCAGGCAUUGUAUAG